GAGGGAUGGGGUGACGUCAGCGCGCGAAUGUCAACAAUGUAGCGAUUGAGAGUAGGCGUUUCAUUCGAGUGUAACAAACAGAGGAGACGGAGCCGCACGCUGCAGAGACCACCACACACACAUCCACACGCAUACGCGCAUUUUUAGAAACGCUUACGACCGUAAACGUGCUUUUUUUUCUCCCCCUCCUAAAGAAAAAGAAACACUGAAAGAGCGCGCCGCAAAACGUGAUCUCCCUGCAGCCCGGGGGCUUUAGGAGUCUGCAAGGAAGUCAUCAUGUGAAAAAAAAAAAUAUUUGCUAAACGGACAAAAGGGCUGGAUCACAAGGAAGCAAAAAAAAAAAAAAAAUAACUAGGCUGAAGGAAAGGAAGUAUGGCUGAGGUUUACAGUCAAUGAAGUCCGAGGGGCGUGUGUUAGCGUGACAGAGGUGGAGCUUACUCCACACAGAGAGACGUUCCUCUGUUAGGAGGCCUGUGCUGUCGACCCCCCGAAACCCAGCCGAAAACUGUUGCUGGCGCUGCACCACAACAUGCGUCUCAAUCCCACAGUCACACAGGAGCACCUCAGCGCAUGCUAACACUCGGAGCUGUCAUUGUCACCUCCUGUCAGAGCAGUCAAACAAUGGAACAGACUACUGGUGUGAGCGGUAUGUCCGUGGAUGAGAAGUCUGAAGCUCCCAUGUACGUGUAUGAGUCGACGGUGCACUGUACCAACAUCCUGCUGGGUCUGAAUGAGCAGCGGAAGCAGGGCCUGCUCUGUGAUGUGACCGUGCUGGUGGAGGGGAAGGAGUUCCGCGCACACAGGGCUGUCCUAGCGGCCUGCAGCGAGUACUUCCUACAAGGAUUCGUCACCCAAAGUGACAAUGAACUGGUUCUCAGCAUGCCAGAGGAGGUCAGUGCCCGGGGAUUCGCUCCUUUGUUACAGUUUGCCUAUACGGCUAAGCUGCUGCUCAGCAGAGAAAACAUCCAGGAGGUCAUCCGCUGUGCUGAAUUCCUGCGCAUGCACAACCUGGAGGACUCCUGCUUUCGCUUCCUGGAGGCCCAACUGCGCAGCGAGGAAGACGGCCUGGUCCUCUGUCGCAAGAUGGCAUCUGAGAGCAAUCACUCGGAGGACGAAAGCAUGCAACCCGAAUUGCUGACGACAACGCCAACUGCAGUGACCCUGUCUGGCUCUCCGCGCUCUCGCCGCGAACACGCCCUUAACUCCUUGCGGCGGCCAGACCACGAGCGGCUGGCAGCAACAGAGGAGUUCACUGAUGGACAGAUGGACUUUGAGCGACACGGCACCUCAGACCUGCCGCGAUGCCCCAAAUACAGGAAGUACCAAUGGGCAUGCAACAAGCACAAUAACGACACCUCUUCACACACCAGUACCUCAGGUUUUCCAAGCACAUUCAAGGAGAUGAACCGGCCGGCUGUGAUGCAAAUCAAGCAGGAGCCACGCAGCGAGGAAGAGUCCAUCUCGCUUUGCCUGUCAGGGGAUGAGCAGGACGGUGGUGAAAAGGACGGUGUGGCCGAGAUGGAGCUGGAUGGUUGCAUUGCAGUGGACCAACCCAAAGGCAGCAGCAAGUCACCCACCUGCCUACGAACUCUCUUUAAGAAGGAUCUGCCGAGCACACCCCAGCAGCUCUUUGCUAACAGACUUGUCAAUGCCCAGGAUAAAGGAACCACUCAGGGAGACCACAAAAAAGACUACAGGCCUUCGCUUGGCAAUGAGCUUGGCGUCCCUGUGGCGUUCCCCAAAGACGCAGAUGGUUUCCCGCCAGGGCUUUCGUUGAAGUCUGCUCCCUGCGAUGGUGUGUGCAAGCAAGAGGUGGAGCCGGACCGCCGUAGUGUCAUCUUCUCCUCAGGGCCCUGUGACCGACUGGGUACGCCCACCCACUCCCAUCCCAGCGGGAACUCACUGGAGAAGGAGCUCUCAGAACACAUGCCAAAGGGAUUGUGGGCCGGUGCCAGCCAGUCCUUCCCCAGCUCCCAGACCUACUCCCCCAGCACCACAGCCAACGACCCACCCCUGCUUUGCCGCCAAAGGCCCAAUACCAGCUGCCCAGUGCCAAUCAAGGUAUGCCCUCGAUCGCCCCCCUCAGAGACUCGAACUCGGACCUCCAGUUCCUGUUCGUCGUAUUCUUACGCAGAGGAUGGGAGCGGCGGGUCCCCCUGCAGCCUGCCACAGUUUGAGUUUUCGUCCUCGCCUUGCCCCAAUGUGACACGGUGUCUCACGACUGACCCGCAAGAGGCAGGCGGUGGGACGGAUGCGCUAUUUGCACGAGUUCGGCCCCAGAUAAAGUGUGAGCAGUCGUAUGGAACCAAUUCCAGUGAUGAGUCAGGGUCCUUUUCGGAGGGGGACAGUGAAUCAUGUCAUGCUCGAGAGCAAGGCCCUGAGGUCAAGCUUCCGUUUCCAGUCGAUCAAAUCACAAAUCUUCCACGCAACGACUUCCAAAUGAUGGUGAAAAUGCACAAGCUGACCUCGGAGCAGCUGGAAUUUAUCCACGACGUGCGCAGACGCAGUAAAAACCGCAUCGCGGCCCAGCGCUGCCGCAAGAGAAAACUUGACUGCAUCCUGAACCUUGAGUGUGAAAUACGCAAACUGGUGUGUGAGAAGGAGAAGCUCUUAACAGAGCGCAACCAGUUGAAGGCGUGCAUGGGAGAGUUAUGGGAAAAUUUCUCCUGUCUGUCUGAGGAGGUGUGUCGAGACGUGCAGCUGAGCCCAGAACAGGUCCAUCACUACUGCCCCAUUCUGCGUCCCGGCAACCAGGCCCUGCCCACCGGCAGCAUCGACCUCACCACUUGCUCCACCCCCGAACAGAGCUUCCACAAAUCGGCAACAGCAAAAGACGGUCAACCGCGACCGGCCCAGUGGAAGACCGGAAACGGGUCCGAAGACGCAAGCAACGACAGGGAGGAGCAAGAACCCGGCUCCACCUACCUGGAGGCGGGGCUGUCCCUAGAACAGUCCAAUCAGACGGUGACAGUAGACUUCUGUCAGGAGAUGACAGAUAAAUGUACAACCGACGAACAGCCCAACAGAAAGGACUGUACCUAAUGACGGUGGUUUCUCUGUGUUGAUUUGUUUUACAAUGUUUUUUUUAUUAUUUAAUUUAGUUACGUCUUCUGACAAACCCUCAAAAAUCGAGGGCUGUUGAGAUGGCCAGCCUCUGCCAGUGUUUUUUUUUUUUUUUAUAUAUAUAUAUACAUAUAUAUAUAUAUUUAUGUCUUUUUAUUGUCUUUUUUUAAAACAAAGGUUGACACUACAGUUGUCUUAACAGCAGCAAUACUGUUCUCCAGGUUCUCUCUCAUUCAGCCAUGGCAGAGUGGCUGAGACCUUCUCACAGAACUUCACGAUGGUGCUACACCUUUCCAUGACAGUGGACAGCAACACUGUCUGUUUCCAAUUACAGUCCAUUCAGAUGGGAUGGGCUCUGACCACAUCUCAAAUUCAGACCUCUACGGACCUAGCAGCAGCUUUUUGCUUCUCUCUCUCUCUCUCUCUCUCUCUCUCUCCUUCCCUCUCUCCACCCCACCUCCCUUCACUAUUCCUGCCCUCUACCUCUAAAUCUCUACCAUCCUCCUCUCCUCUCUUAGACACUCUCUUUCUCUUUCUCUUUCUCUUUCUCUUUCUCUUUCUCUUUCUCUUUGUGGCCCUUGUCACAGUAAAUUCAAACUCAGGAAAUAUUCUGAAUGUUCAGUAUAACUCAUGAAAAAGAAAAAAAUAAUACAGAUGUUUUUUUUUUUUUUUUUUUUGUUUGUUUGUUUUUUACAGCAGCUAGACUGUAAAUGUCUAUAUGCAAAAAUGUCUUCUGCAUCAUACGUUUAUAGUGUCUGUGUACCGCAACACUUAAUUUGUACAGAUGGUGGUAUCUAAAACAUUCCUCCUUUGCCUUCCACAGCACUGAUACGAAAGAAAGUACGAUUCGCGUCAUAGUUUCGCCCACCUUUUUUGCGUCAGCAAUACUGUACCAUUGGAUGUUUUCGAGAAAGUGCUCGCUCGGCAGAAAGCGUAUUGUAAAUAGUGCGGCGCAUGGAGACGGUUUCGGUAAUAUUGUACAGGUAGAACUUUAGAUGGCUUUUUUUGUUUUUUCUUUGCUUUCUUUUUUUCUCUGGGGUUUUAUCAAGCACCUUUUUGUCACGAAGGGAAAAUCGUUGCUGUUUCCUGUCUCAAAUGAAUUCCCCAUGACGAUGGGUGUGCUUAAACUCAGGAAACUAGCAUUCUUACACUCACGCAUGCACACACACGCUCGCAUACGAACCCCCCCGCCCCCCGGUGCAGCGCAUAGAGCCCCUUGCAUGUAAUUUGGAUGUAAAUGGUGUGCGUAGUGGUGAGCUGUUCUCCUUUAAAUGUGAAAAAGUGCUCUCUGAGGAAACCUUAUUUUUUAUCAGUAUUUACAGUGUGUUCACGGACACCUCCGAACAGUGUUAUCUAAAACAAACGUCAUCAAGAUCCCACACCCUUUCAGUUUCGGCCCACUUUACCGCUCUGACAGGAACAGGAAAUGACGUUGAAGUCAAUUAAAGGGCCUCGCCCUUGACUUUUUAAUUUUUUAUUUUUUCCCCCCUCAGCACUCGUUGACCGUUUAGCACUUCAGAAAGGGUAGAUUUCUUUUUCAGGACCCUAAAAAGUCUGAAAUUGAAGCACUUAACGCUGACACUUAAAAGCGUCUUUUCAGGCAGAUGAUCUUUAACGACUUGGUAUCUUAUAAAGAACGUUUUCAAGUUUAAAUGAAAAAGAUAAAGGAGUGUUCAAACUGCAUAUUUAUGGAAGACACUAAAAAAGAAGCAUCGGAAAUCUGAUCUGAGUUGUAUGGAAUAAGCCCAUUCUUUAAAGUCGUCCUAUAUUUCCCUUUAUUGUACAUUUGUUAGACACGUAUAUCCAUACUAAUGGGAUUGCAUGCUGCCUGUAUGUUUUAUAUAGUUUGUUUAUAGAGUUUCUUUGCCUCAAAAUGUAGGCCUCGGAAAAACAGUUCGAUGGUUGUUUGGUUGAGCAUAAACUGAGCGUGUUUUUCUUUAAAAAAAAAAAAAAAAAUGAAAAUGAAAAGAAAAAAAAUUGGAUCUCCCAACAGUUGGGAAUGCCUCUCAGUUGACACAGUUCUAUAUUAUUUGAAUGACCUUUGACCCCUAGAGCUCUAUGUAUGCGUGCUUGUGUAUUUGCCAGUCUGAUAAAUAUUCAGACGCGUUUCAAGUUGUAAUGCAUCCCCUCUCCUACUCGUAUGCAAGCACACACACACACACACACACACACACACACACACACACACACACACUGGGUGGAGUGUCUCUCCUGGGAUGUAGAAUCUAGAGGUGUUGUGAUGGAUAGUUGUGCUGUUGUUUUCAUUGUGGAUCUUUUUCUCUUUCUCUCUUUCUCUUUUUUUCUAAAGAAAUUGAAACAGUAUUUGCCAUUUCUAAAUUGUAAUCAGGUACAAGACUAGAACUAAAGAUUUAUGGGUCCAAGUGGACAUUUGUGCACACAUAUGCAAAUCAUCCCUAUAAUGAUGCGUUUUUCUUAUUUCAUGUUGUAUAAAUAACGAAUAAUGAAGCGUGGAAAGCAUGAACUUCCACUUGACAAGCACACUGUCGUACACUUGAGAAUCUAUGUCCACAAUUUUGACAUUUCUGAAGAAACAAAAAAACAAAAAAACGAAAGGUCACACCUGCAUCAAGGCGAUCCAAAAACAUUUUCUCAAAUUUGCUUUUGUUUGCGUUCCUCGCAUAGCAAUGUGUUUGUUGUGUUCUUGUUUAUUUGUGCCGUCUGUGAUACGGCUGACUCCUCAUGCUUGCACACUUGGCCUUAAGAGCCUGGGGAUGCUUCGGUUCAGGCCGACGUUUCGAUGCAGAUGUGGAAGAAACCGGGAGUCUGGGUGACACGGAUUGGAAUUCUGACCUCUGUUAGCCUCUGUUACUAAAAGCUGCAUCAUGUUUGCCUCCACGGUGACUUCAAAGGUUCGCCCUGGUCACAGAAAGCCUCACAGGUUAAAUAAGCUUAUUAGCUGUCCUCUCAACAACACGUCUUUGCUAGUUUUGUUGUUUUACAGACAUUUUAUUUUCGUAUCGGACUCGUGGUUGCUCUUGUAUCUUGUCUCAGGGUGCGUGCCUACUUUUUUUUUUUUUAUUUGGUCCUCACGCGUUUUUUGAUAGUAGCUGGUGAGCUCAGCUUCCAUUUGCGUAUUUUUGUGUCUUGCGUUUUUUUUUGUGUGUCCUCUUAUAAAGCUAACGGGGUGGGUAGCAUGAUUUUCUUUUUUGAGUUUUUAAGCUAAGAAUAAUUGAUUCGUAGAGAAAACCAACUACAUUUGCACAAUUAUUUUGGAUUAAAACCCAACAAGGGCUAUGUAAUAUCUCAAAAUAAAACCCAGCAAUUAGUUUUUGGUUGUCAAUUGGCUGCUACAGCUAAUCGUUUAAGCUUUCGAUUUGCAAUUGCGUUCAAAAGACGUGUAUUUUAAGCUUUGUUAGUGUAUUAAGAACUAAUACUGUACAAGAAAACACCCUACAUGUCUUCAUCUAUGUAAGCUCCCAUUUGAUGUCGUUUGUUUAAAUAAUUUGGUUUCGUUCGUGCUGCUCCUCUGAAAUAUGAACACUGGCGUUCCAAAGCGUUGCUCAAAAACAUGCCUUUUUCACAAUUUGCUUAACUUUAUAAAACAUUUAGUAUUCGGACUGAUAACGGCAUAAAGAAAAAAGGCAAAAUGUUUACAAAAAGGUGUCGUGUUUUACGAGAAUUUUGCCAUGUACAUAGAAAGCACGAGGUUCGUUCGAAUGGAUAGGUUUAGCAUUCUGUCUCUUUGUUUUGUACGUUUUUACAAGCGAACAGAGAAAUGGCCGUUUGAUAACUAUGCUCCUUUUCCUCAAGUUGUCUUUUUGCCCGACGGGGAUGCUCCAGUGUACCAUGAAUACAAAGUGCACCUCCAACUUUGCCUUAGAACUUCCAGAGGCCAUAGUUCACAUUCAAGUGAAGUGUGUAUGCAGGGGCUGUGAGCCCCCAUGUUUCGGCUAGCAGAGCGGACUCUCUCUCUCUCACACUUAUCUACCUGUGAAAUCCUUCAUACCUCUCAUUACUGGUCAAUGACUGUAUCAGCAAACUGCAUCAGGUGUUUUUUCUACAUGCUUUUUACACAGAUUAUAUGGAUUAUUGUAUUGGUAGAUUUUGGUGCAUCAUUUUUAAUGGAAUAGCUCUUUGGCUUGUAGUCACACGAGUUGUUUUUCUCUCUCUAUCUCUCUUUCUGACUCUUUAUCGCAUUUUUUCUAGAAGACUGUUUUGUGUUAAUAUUGUCGAUUUGAGAUAGCUGUUUCUUUGCUUAUUCUGUACUAAGAGUUUUUACUUUUUUUCAUUUUGAAAUGCUACAUGACCCUAAUGAAUUUAAUGACUUAAAAACCAUUGUACAUACGGUAUUGUGCAGGACUCAUUUUCAUGCAUUUCAAUUGCUAGUGUUAUAUAAAUGACAGAUUUUGUCUAGACACCAUUUCUGUUUAUGAAAUAAAGAAACAUAUCAUGUAA